CGUGAGUCGAGUGGGGACACGUUCAGCGAGCCCAUCUCGCUUUCGUCUCGUUUCUAGGAAGGUUAAUAUUUAAACACGGGUGCUGAACUAGCAGACAAGUGUCCCGGCUCCAGAGGAAACCGCUCGGUCCGGGAGAACCGUGCACGGUGAAGACCAGGCGGCUGCUUCAUGUUCACCAUGUCCGCCGGCUAUCCGACGCCGGUUUACUCACACGUGGGCCGCGGAGCCUUCCGAGAGGUUUACGAGCCUGCGGAGGACUCGUUCCUCCUCCUGGACGCGCUGGAGAGAGACGCCGCGGAGCUGCGGCGCAUGAGCCCAUCUGUCUGUGUGGAGGUGGGCUGUGGUUCAGGAGUGGUGUCUGCGUUCCUGGCGUCAGUGGUUGGAUCAUCAUCUUUGUACUUAUGCACUGACCUGAACUCUGCGGCAGCACAGUGCACAGCAGAGACGGCUUCCCGGAACGAUGUCUCCUUACAAACAGUCGUCACAGACCUGGUGGGAUGUCUUCUUCCAAGGUUGUGCGGAAAAGUGGACGUUCUUCUGUUCAACCCUCCCUACGUGGUCACACCCUCAGACGAGGUUGGAAGCAAAGGCAUAGAAGCUGCCUGGGCUGGUGGGAGACGUGGCAGAGAGGUGAUUGACAGAUUUCUCCCAAUGGUGACACAGUUGUUGUCCAGUAAAGGGGUAUUCUACCUCAUUACCAUAGAAGAGAAUAACCCAGAGGAAAUCAUCCGUUUACAAGGAGAAUGUGGUCUCCGGGGAGUCUCCUGUCUGUCCAGGAGAGCCGGUAAUGAGAGGCUGUCAGUUCUGCGCUUUGAGAGAUUGUGACGUUAAAUGAAAAGUCCACGUCCGCCUCCAACAGAACCAAACAAGUCGAGGAUGAUAUUCUGAGAGGAUUGCAUGACCUCAAAAACAGAACUGAGAAAGAAGUCAUGUGGAAAAAUUGCAGGGAACUUCCUUUGCUCAAUGGGACAGAGUCCUGGGGAAUGGACAAAAGUUGCUCAAGGAGAAAAUAACUGUCCCUACAAAAGCACAUCAGAAAAGGAGGCGUGGCAAUGGCUGAACUUAAUGGCACAAUGAACUAUGGAGUUUCGCCAGGGGGACGUAGCGCAGGGGAGGGUCACGCUGUUUCCCCUCCACCCUGAACAGGUGCCUCAACCGACCAGACAAGGCGCUAGUGCAGCGACCGGGACACGUAUCCACCCACCCACAGACACGGCCAAUUGUGGCUGUAGGGACGCCUGACCAAGCUGGAGGUAAUACGGGGAUUCGAACCGGCGAUCCCCAUAUUGGUAGGCAACGGAAUAGACUGCCACGCUAUCUGGACGCCCCCAUAGUUGUGUCUUAAAUAAAUCCCCCUGUAUAAGUUGACAACUGUGCAAACUUCAUUUUAUUAUGUAUUAGUGUGAUUUUUCCCACAGAAGAGAAGAAACAAGGCGGCUAACAUUUCUUCAAGCAUGAGAGCGACUGAGUGCGGGCUGGAUCAAUUACCCACUCGUUCUCUCCAAAUGUGAAUAUUUAUACAAUAAAGCUGAAUGAUAAGAUAAGGUUGUAGUGGCUGCCUUCAUUUA